CUUGGUGCUGAAAACUGUGUAAAACAUUCGAGCUAGUUUUUAGGCUUUGGCCGAAAGGACACUGAGAGGAGGUCACACACUAUGUAAAUAUACUUCUUCCCAGUUCGAUAAAUGAGCUUAAGUCCUUCCUUCUCUGACCUCGACAAUUCACAAGAGGACCGAAUGUCCACGUUUUAGCUCGAUCGGGGAGAAAAGUAUUAUAACUCUUCGAAGAAACAAACACUGUGCAAGCAUGUACUGGCGGAAAUUGCACUAAAUUUAUAAAAUUGAUAAAAUUAAUAGCAUUUAAAUGUACACCUUUGUGAUAUUCUACUGCCUAACAACAUGCGACUUUCCAGCAGCCAAUUAAAGUGAAAAUUCGAUUAAAAUUUGUUCCAUCUUAGUUUGAGAACGAUCCUGCAGAAGAAAAAAGUUUAUUUUUCCAGCACAUCGGCAAAUAAUAUACACAUGCUCGAAAUGCUUGAUUUCCGUUGACAUGAAAGAAAAUUAGGAUUUAUUUUACGGAGUAAAACAUUUCCACUUUUACCAGAACGCUUGGGAAAGUGUUUCGCACUUAUUAAGAGAUCUGUAACAGGUGCUCUAUCCAAAAAUUAAUCUGCUACGAGUACGACAGCAUGAGGAAAAGGAAACAGCUUGGUAUUACCCAUGGCAGACAUGUGAAAGAGUCCAGAGUCCAGAGUCGACUGCCGAGUUUAAAACAAGCUAGAGGGAGACGACCAUGGCUACGUUUUCCCUCAAAUUUUAUUUCUUGCUGAUGAUUAUUAUGCCACAGAAAAUAACUUUCGCUUUUACUUGUGGAAUAACAACCUUCAAUGAAAGUUUGUUUGAGAGAGAAGGUAGCCUUACAAAUAUUACAUACCUGUAUAAGGUUACCGACUCCUCAGUAUUUUCAGACAAAACCACCUUUGCUUUCCACCUUUGCCGGAAUAACCUGCUGACAACUCAAUGUACAUUUAAAUGGAGAGAAAAACUCGACCAAAUGGCUGUCAAGAACUGGAGUCCUGGGGAUGGAACGUUCUGCUCGUGCGAGCGACAUAUCAGCAGCUCCCCGCAGUCCUGGGAAAUAAAAAUUUCACAACUGGUCAGUCGGUCACUAAGUGUGAUGCAGCUCUCUUUGGAAAACAAUGUCAAUAAUAAAAAGACAACCCAAUUGAUACGCACAAUAUUUCUCAAUGCUCUAUAUCCGCCUAAAGUCACAAGUCUGACUGUAGACGGACACGAAGUGAAUGGCACUCAUUUCACCAACGAGGGUCAGGAGGUCCUUAUCUCCUGCUCCUUUGACGCAGGAAACCCGCCUGUCAACUUCCGUCUGGUGGACAAAAAUAAGGAACUUGCUGCAGGUGCAGGUCGUCUUAACUAUCCACUUUCAAUCCAAUGUGAAGAUAACUGGCCGAGAGUUAACUGUGAAGGAAGAGGGUCGGCAGAGAACAGAACUGUGUCUUUUCUUCUCAAAUGUCCACCUCAGUUUCUUGAUGUCGCCAUAAAGAACGUUAGUCUUCCAGUGGUUGCCGCAACAUUUCGAGUCAAAUCUCACACGACAGCAGUUGAGGGAUGUUUCUUGACAUCAAUGUCUUUAGAAGAGAAGACCACAAGAGCAGUAAAAUGUGUCCUAAAUGGUCAUCCGCCUGAUCUUGUGUUGAGUCUUUACCUUGAUACAGAAACUAGUAUUGCCCAAGGUAAAUGGAAGUUGAUUCUUCUCAAUGAAAAAGGCUUUGCCAACACAACGCUGAGUAUCAUCAAAAGAUCAGGUAAGACGACUUUUAUUGUUAAAAUCACUAUCAUUAAAAGAAAACUGAACUAUCAUAAGAUAACGGAUCUAGUAUCUUAGCAGCAAGUAACCUCCGCCUCCAAAAACACAAACUUCAAGCAUUUACACAUGUGUACCUCAGUCAUAAAGCACAGAAACACUAAACUACACAAUUUAAUUGAUUAUUAGCUUGGGUCUCCCUUUGUAAUUAGUUUUCUUUAGGACAUGCACCGCAUCAUUUACUUCUAUAUCUAGAGAUUGUAUUUGAGUUGCUUUGGAUUUUUGUGUUGGCAACUUCCUUAAGUAUAUACAAGUUUUAAUACUAAUACUAACACUUGUCUACAGUCUUCCUCAACCUCCCGGGUCCCAUUGGUAGACGGAAAUGUAGAUGCGUGGGUAAAUUAGUAUUUAUAAGGAAGAUCUUAACAGGCUAACUAUAGUUCUCGUCGUCUUCAUCAGCAACAAGUUUACCACCACAUUUGCAUUUAGAUAAAAAAAUGUAAAUGCUGUUACAAAAA